AUGGCCAUUCCUGCAUCUCAGCAAGGCCAAACUAACUCACCCAGGGAAAUAUCAGACUGGAGAUAUGACUCCGUCCUCGUUCGGCAAAACAUCCCUGCCCUGGUAGCAGACACUUACAAGUUGUCACUAGCUUGGUCCAUCGCCACCAGUUCAUCCACCACCUCGCAGUGUACACUAGAAGUCUCGGUGAACUCCCAGGGGCUCUCCGCGGCUAGUGCUGGGAUCAGCCCCGGCGGACAUGGGUCUUGGUCUACGUUGACGGGCACAUAUACAGCAGCUGCUUCGACGGGCGUCCCAUUGGUCAUCUCCAUCAGCUGUUCCGAAGGGGGAGGCUGGGAAGGAAAUCCAAUCAUUGGUUUGGCUGAUAUUUCGUUCACCAACGAGUGUGUUUCUGCGACUACUAGCUCUCUCGCAGCCACCUCCACGGGCAGCAGUGUUGCACUUUCAACCGACGCCCUCAGCACCGCUGCCACUGCGACCACAAGUAUUGCUUCCGGGUCAUCCUCGUCCAGCGCAUCGUCCACGACCACAUCUGGGUUGACCGUCUCAACUGGAACCGCCGAGACGAAUGCAGAUGGAACAACCACGGUGACUGCCGACAGCACAAGCGGAACGUCACUGGAGGCUUCCGAAUCAGUGGAUAGCUCAGAUUCGGGGUCAGUGUCUGGAACCUGGUCGGUUUCGUCUGACACGGCGAGUACCGAGCGCAAGGGAUCUGCCGCAGUGUCAUUGACUGUCACCGAGACCAGCACUGCUGCUCCCGUCAGUAUCUCUACUCAUCUGGCCAUUGGGGCAUACACUACCACCGAGACGGCUGUUGCAUAUAUUACCACCUCUCCUGUGGCUACAGGAAUGGUUUCUGAGACCCAGUCGACCGGCGCUAGCCUGUCCGAGAACGAGAUUCACGCCACAGCAACGAGAUACGAUACCACAACCCUAACUCCCUCUGCAGGCGAAGCAUCCCACGAGACAAUCUCCGUCUACACCAGCGUAGUCCCAGUGGAAACCACCAUCACUCUUUCCUCUGUAUCAAGUGGAUCAUCCGACAAGACAAAACCUAUGCACACCACCCCAUCCUCAGUGACCACAACUGUCCAAACUCCAGGCAGUACUAACAAUUACCUCUCCACCCCCGCCUCCAUUCCUUCCUCCCAGUCAGAAUCCACCACCCCGGAAAUCACCGGAAAACAUCCCAUCGCAGGCACCAAAGAUUCCUCCAUCAGCUUCAAUUCCGAGAAUCCCGAAGACAUAUUCCCUGCAGAGGUCAUCUCCGCAGCAAGCACCCCUGUCGCAACCAUCAAAUCGACAUCACUUAUCCCGGUCAAAUCGUCUGCCGUUUCUUCCCCACUCAUUUCUCCCCUCCACAACUAG